UCCACCACCUUUGCUGCCAGUGGCUGAAGCCAGAAGAGCACACGAAAUCUCAGAUGCUGGACCUGGUGGUCCUGGAGAAGUUCCUGGCUGUCCUGCCCCGGGAGAUGGUGAGCUGGGUCAGAGAAUGUGGAGCGGAGACCAGUUCCCAGGCGGUGGCCCUGGCAGAAGGCUUCCUCCUGAGUCAGGCAGAGGACCAAGAGCAGGUCCAGGGGAUGUUGGCCAGAGCACCCACAGAUUUCCCUGAGGCAGGGAAGGCUCCACCGGGCAUCACACAGAGGCUGCUGGACAGGUGGAUCUUGCAGGAGGGAGACGGAGGACCCUCCUCACUGGGGAGCAAAACAACCUGCAGGGGAAGUGAACUGAUCCUGGUGGGUCCUUCUGGGCCUCGUUCGCUUGGCGGUGGAGCGGAAGCAGUUUCUGCACAGCCUGGGCAGGGUCUGGUGACCUUUGAGGAGGUGGCCGUGCAUUUCUCGGAGGAGGAGUGGGCUCUGCUGGAUCCAGGCCAGAGGACUCUGCACAAAGAAGUCAUGGAGGAGAACCGUGGGAUCCUGACCUCUUUGGGUGAUCACAGGGAGACCAAGACAAAUGACCCACACCAGAGAAGGGAAACUGAAACUGAAGGGGAGAGGGAAAACGAAUCCAUUUCUUUUGAAGGAUCAGAGGUCUGUGAAACUCCAAUACUGGAAGCACCAAGUAAAAAGAACAUUUGUAAAAGGAAGAAACAGAGUAAAACUCAGAAGAUUCAAUCUAACAAAUAUCAAAGGUUUCAGUGCUUAGUGUGUGAAAAACAAUUCACUUUCAACUCACACCUUAACUUGCAUAAAAGAAUUCGCACUGGGGAGAAGCCCUAUAAAUGCUUUGAGUGCGGGAAGAGCUUUGCUCGCAGAGAAAGCCUUAAGCUGCAUCAAACAAUUCACACUGGGAAGAAGCCCUAUAAAUGCUUAGAGUACGGGAAGAGCUUUGCUUGCAGUGCAAGGCUUAAGCUGCAUCAAAGAAUUCACACUGGGGAGAAGCCCCAUAAAUGCUUAAAGAGGGGGAUGAGCUUUGCUCGCAGCACGAGUCUUAAGCAGCAUCAAAGAAUUCACACUGGGGAGAAGCCCUAUAAAUGCUUUGAAUGCGGGAACAGCUUUGCUCAGAGCACACUCCUUAAGCGCCAUCAAAGAAUUCACACUGGGGGGAAGCCCUAUAAAUGGUUUGAGUGCGGGAAGAGCUUUGCUCACAGCGAAAGCCUUAAGCGCCAUCAAAGAAUUCACACUGGGGGGAAGCCCUAUAAAUGCUUUGAGUGUGGGAAGAGCUUUGCUCGCAGCGAAAGCCUUAAGCUGCAUCAAACAAUUCACACUGGGGAGGAGCCCUAUAAUUGCUUUGAGUUCGGGAAGAGCUUUGCUUGCAGCGAAAGCUUUAAACUGCCUCAAAGAAUUCACACUGGGGAGAAGCCCUAUAAAUGCUUAGAGUGCGGGAAGAGCUUUGCUCAGAGCAAUCUCCUUAAGCGCCAUCAAAGAAUUCACACUGGGGAGAAGCCCUAUAAAUGCUUUGAGUGCGGGAAGAGCUUUGCUCACAGCGAAAGCCUUAAGCGCCAUCAAAGAAUUCACACUGGGGGGAAGCCCUAUAAAUGCUUUGAGUGUGGGAAGAGCUUUGCUCGCAGCGAAAGCCUUAAGCUGCAUCAAACAAUUCACACUGGGGAGAAGCCCUAUAAUUGCUUUGAGUGCAGGAAGAGCUUUGCUAGCAGCGAAAGCUUUAAACUGCAUCAAAGAAUUCACACUGGGGAGAAGCCCUAUAAAUGCUUAGAGUGCGGGAAGAGCUUUGCUCAGAGCACACACCUUAAGCAGCAUCAAAGAAUUCACACUGGGGAGAAGCCCUAUAAAUGCUUUGAGUGCGGGAAGAGCUUUGCUCGGAGCACAAGCCUAAAGCAGCAUCAAAGAAUUCACACUGGGGAGAAGCCCUAUAAAUGCUUUGAGUGCGGGAAGAGCUUUGCUCGGAGCACAAGCCUUAAGCUGCAUCAAAGAAAUCACACUGGGGAGAAGCCCUAUAAUUGCUUUGAGUGCGGGAAGAGCUUUGCUUGCAGCAAAAGCUUUAAACUGCAUCAAAGAAUUCACACUGGGAAGAAGCCCUAUAAAUGCCUUGAGUGCGGGAAGAGCUUUGUUGUGAGCUCAAACCUUAAGCAUCAUCAGAGAAUUCACACUGGGGAGAAGCCCUAUAAAUGCUUUGAGUGCGGGAAGACCUUUGCUCGAAGCACACACUUUAAGCAGCAUCAAAGAAUUCACACUGGGGAUAAGCCCUAUAAAUGCUUUGACUGCGGGAAGAGCUUUGCUCGGAGCACAGGCCUUAAGCAGCAUCAAAGAAUUCACACUGGGGAGAAGCCCUAUAAAUGCUUUGACUGCGGGAAGAGCUUUGCACAGAGCAGCAGCCUUAAGCUGCAUCAAAGAAAUCACACUGGGGAGAAGCCCUAUAAAUGCUUUGAGUGUGGGAAGAGCUUUGCUGUCUGCAGCAGCCUUAAGCUGCAUCAAAGAAUUCACAAUGGGGAGAAACCCUAUAAAUGCUUAGAAUGCGGGAAGAGCUUUGCUCGGAGCACACGCCUUAAGCAGCAUCAAAGAAUUCACACUGGGGAGAAGACCUAGAAAUGCUUUGAGUGUCGCAAGGUCUUUGCUCUGAGCUCACACCUUAAGCAACAUCAAAGAAUUCUAUUAAAGCAGCCCAAAACAGCAUUUGCUAUUUUUGCAGCCAUUUCACAGUGUUGGCUCAUAUUCAGCUUGUGAUCUAGAACAAUUCCAAGGUGGUUCUUGUUUGUAGUAUUGCUGAGUCAUGUAUCCCCCGUCUUGUAAAUGUGCAUUUGGUUUCCUUUUCCUAGGUGUAGAAUUUGGCAUUAAUCCCAAUUAAAUUUCAUUCUGUUGUUUUCA